GCGUUAUAUUUUUAAAAUGGUAAAUAAUAAAGGACCUCUCGAAAUCGCAUGUUAAACCUAGCAUGAGUUAUCGCUCUUGAAUUCGAAAGUGUUGUGACGUCAUACAUGACAAUCGCCGAGCAUAGGAAACUUCACAAUGGCGCACGUAUACAACUCCGAUUGUAGCGACAAUGACGAGAUACCCGAGGUCUCUUUCACAUUAAAUAUCCACCCAUAUAUGUAUGAGCCUGAGGCAUCUAAUGGUGACCACCACAUCGACUCAGAUUCGUCAGAUUGUCCAGCAGAACUGCAUCUAUGUGACGUAAGUGAUACGGACAGCGCAGCUUCCAAUCAACCUGUCGGAGAAUGGUGUUCUUGUGGUAUGUGUACGCAUAUGCCUACUGAAGAGGAAAGGAAAUGCUGUCAUGAUAUGAGUAUUUUAGAGGAAAAAAUGACCAAUAUAAACUGUAUCACCCAUCAUGAAGGAUUUAUAGCAAACUAUCUUAACUUGCAUGUACUGGAAACAUCAUAUUACGAAUAUGCUGAUACAUAUGGCCCAGGGGCACAAGAAGACAUUCACAGGAUGUAUCGUCUGAUAGCAUACCGCCGCUUUAUCAGGUGGACAUGGAAGGUCCUUGGAAAGAAAAACAGACGGGUUAUACCAGCAUGUGCAGUGACUGCCAUACGGAAACAGUUUCCAUCUGAGCAGUAUACUGGAUUCAAGUAUCCACGUUUCUGAUGUAACUUGUAAACCUGCGACUAUGGUUGUGGAUGAUCAAGUCCCUGUCAAAAUUUCCCAUUGCACUACGGAGUUGACUGGCAAUAGAGGGAGGGGGUGCGUCCAUUUCCUGACAAAGAGCUGCUUCAGCCUGUUGGAUGGUUGUGAACUGGAGUCUUCUGAUUAUGACUUCCUCCAUCAACUCUGUGAUGUAAUCUGUAAAUAUACAAUUCAACAAACACUGUGAUGUCAUCUAUAAAUAAAAACAAAAUAUUGUAUUAAUUCAAUAGCAUAGAGACUGAAUGUGCUGUUUCAUCAUAACUAUCUUUUUUAGUUGUUGCUACCAAAUAUGUAGAUUAGUAUGAC